AUGAAUAACAGACGUCUACCACUCGUGUCUCGCAGACAAUUUGAGGCCCAUACUACUGUUAAGUCAUGCUGGGUGACCCUAUACAAUAGAAAUAUCUACGAUGUCACUGAUUUCCUUGAUGAACACCCGGCCGGCAGUGAAUUAAUUUUGGAGUAUGCUGGUAAAGACAUCACCCAAAUCCUUGCCGAUCCUAGCAGUCACACUCACUCCGAGAGCGCCUACGAGAUGCUGAAUGACGAAAUGCUUAUCGGAUACUUGGCUACACCAGAAGAGGAAGAGGAACUUCUUUCUAAACAUCAGAACAUGGAAGUGAUUCCGGACACAAUUGAUCUGACUGAAUUUGGUGAUCUGCCUUCGGAGCAGCUGUUGAGCGUUAGAACAGAUGUUGACGAAGACUAUAGAAAGCACAAGUUCCUGGAUCUCAACAAACCAUUACUUAUUCAGGUCCUCACUGCCAACUGGACCAAGGAAUUUUACCUUGACCAGGUUCACAGACCCAGACACUACGGGAAAGGCUCGGCCCCUCUUUUCGGAAACUUUUUGGAGCCUCUUUCGGUGACACCUUGGUAUGUGGUUCCACUUAUUUGGCUUCCAGUCAACUUCUACGUUUUCUACAUCGGAUUUGUCAACCAGAACAAAUUCUUGGCACUGGCUCUCUGGGCUCUAGGACUAUUCGUGUGGACCUUGAUCGAAUACCUCAUGCAUCGGUUCCUUUUCCACAUUGAUAACUACCUUCCAGAACACCAGCUUGCAUUUACUGUUCAUUUUCUGUUGCACGGUGUCCACCACUACCUACCUAUGGACAAAAAAAGAUUGGUGAUGCCACCAACACUAUUUAUUGUUUUGUGCUAUCCGUUCUACAAGCUUGUGUUUGCAAUUUUGCCUUAUUAUGCUGCCUGCUCCGGAUUUGCUGGAGGAUUCCUUGGCUAUAUUCUUUACGACUGCACUCAUUAUAUUCUCCACCAUGCCAAGCUCCCAAAAUACCUCCAGGAUCUCAAGACUUACCAUCUGGAGCACCAUUAUAAAAAUUAUGAGCUUGGUUUCGGUGUCACCAGCAAAUUCUGGGAUCGUGUGUUUGGCACGCUUUUGAAUCCUGAAGACGUGUACCAAAAGAGAAAUUAA